AUGGAAAAUGAAGAAUGGGAUGACCGCGAAGAAGUUCAUUUUAUCGAUCGCUCGCCUCAACUCGCGCAAGAAAAUCCUGCACAGUUGAAUUCAUUACGGGCGCAACGAGAGGAAGAAUGGCAGAUUGAGCGAGAGGCCAUAAGCCGGCAGGCUCGGGAUCCUACGAAUUCGCAAAAAGUCGUUCUCAUUGACAGUGAUGAUGCGGUGCGCGAUGAGGGACUUCAACUCAAUGAUGAAUUUCAUGAUCAAUCCGCGUCCGACGUUGAAUCUGCUGCCGAGGUGGUGCCUUCCGACACUGAACCGUUCGAUGAAGAGCCACUCGAGGAGCAGCGAUACGAUGACAAGCCAUUUGAGGAAAUGCCAACUGACGAGGAAUUCAUUGACGAGCUGCCCGCAGAUCUGAAGUCAAAUCUAGGACUUGAACCACGGUCUAUCAGGACUCAGGCAGGCCACGAGGAACUGGAGAUGCUAGACGAGCACGACGACAAUGAAUCCGUAGAUAUUUGGCGGGAAGAGCCUCAAUAUGCCGAACCUGAAGCUGUGCGCGAGGUGCUGUUACCCGAUGCACAAGACUUAGAAAAGGAACCGGAAGAAAGAGUAUUGGAUGACGAAGAUGGGUUUGAUAUAUGGCAACAAGAGGCCCGGGACCACAGUUAUCUCUCGCAACAUUCAGAUCCUCAAGCGCACGCUCCUUUGCAAGAGUCUAUCAGUCCUUGGAAAAGAAUCGCCAGCCUUUCUGCGAAAGGAGAUAACUUGAGUUCAUCACCAGCUUACGUGAACAUGGAACAUGGCGACUACUUGGAAACAACACACAUACGAAAAUUGCGCGAUGAAGAGGUUGACCUAUCUGCUGUCCUCGCGGAAGAAGACACACCCAACCGUGCUCGCUAUUACAACGGCACAAAUACCCCACGGGGUAUUCUCAGCUAUCGAUCUAGUGCCGCCUCUCCGUCAAUCAAUGGGACUGCCAUGAAAUCUGGGUCCACGCGGAAGGAGGUAAAACGCGUUCGUCUACAGCCUAUUUCUCAAUCAAGCCCAGAAAUAAGACCAGAAGCACAGUUCCAUUCUCCUGCAAUCGCGCACAAGCCAUCUUCCCAAGAGGCUGUUGUGGAAGAGGCCGAAGAUAUCGAAAGUGUCUCUGACAUGGCUCACCAGACCGAGUUUCCUCCCACGCAUUCUGCAGCUGCGACUCCCGAACUCCCACCCCCCGCUGGGCACCAAGAUGAUAGUUCAAGUGUCACCUCCGAAAGCGGAGUGGAGACAGACCAGGAUGACCAGGAGGAUCAAGAGGAACUCGCUAGCGUCGAAUCUGCGAGAGAUAUCCAUCAAGUCCUUGAGCAUGCACCUUCGGAUCGUUCGAGUGAAUCGCCCUUAAAAUUCCUGGAGGAGUCUGCUAGUCCUCCACAACUAAAAGGAUCCCACUCAUUCCACUUGGCAAAAGGGUCUGGGGAAGAGCCAGAUGACGUACACUUUGCUGGGAGAAGUGAUUUUCGUGAUAUUGUAGAAGAUGAAGCCCCACAAGCUGUGGAAGAUUAUAUUCCCGAAUAUGACUCAGUGGGGGAUGACCUUGUGGUGGACGUGGACACUGGCGACAAUAUCGCCGUCGACUUGGUUGACACAAAUUACGGUGGCAACCCUACAAAAUCCAGGCCGCUUGCGGCCUUUGGUUAUUUCUCCGACGAACAUUACAAGGCUCUUCGGCGCAUCUACCAAAUGGCAAAGCGAUUUCCAGAGCGCUUCUCUUACCAUGACGCGCCAGGGCGCGCCGAAAUCAUCGGUGAUUGGAUUUGGACCUCGGACGGCCAUCACGGGGUACCCAUCACCGAAGUGCAAUUUGCUAUUAUUGAUCGCUUUGUGCAUGACCUCUCACGCGCCGACAUCCAGUACGGUGGAAGAGGGCAGGUCAAAUGGUCUGAAGCUGACCUGCACCGAAGGUUGAUCAGCAUCAUCAUUGGUGAGCAGAUCCGAGAGGAGCGAAAGGCUAAGUCGGCCCGAGGGGUGUCUGUUGAUACCUGGCGAUGA